AAAAAAGAUGAUGAAGCAUUUCACUUGUUUUCUUUUGUUCACACUCUUAUUGUUCCUAUAUCAUUAAAAUCAAAUCCAAUCCCAACUCUCUCUUUUUUCCUCCCAUCAUCAGAUAUGGCCCAGAAGGUGGUGCUCAAGGUUUUAACCAUGACUGAUGAAAAAACUAAACAAAAAGCCAUUGAAGCAGCUGCUGAUAUCCUUGGUGUGGAUUCGAUUGCGGCUGAUCUGAAAGAUCAGAAGCUGACGGUGAUCGGAGAGAUGGACACCGUGGCGGUGGUGAAGAAGCUGAAAAAAGUAGGCAAGGUUGACAUAAUAUCAGUUGGACCAGCUAAAGAACCUGAGAAAAAAGAAGAAAAAAAAGAAGAGAAGAAAGAAGAGAAAAAAGAAGAAAAGAAAGAAGAGAAAAAGGAGGAAGCUCCCAAAGAAGAAAAAAAAUGAUCAACAAAUUCCUUUUUUCUCCGUAUAAAUUCAUAUUCAUCAUGAUCAUAUCAUAUAUAUUUAUGUUCUAUAGAUCAUAUAAAACUUUUUCAAUGAGUUGUUAUUCAAAUUGGCGAAAGAGGUUCGACUACUAGACUCGAAUCGGGUCAAUGAGCAGAUCUAAAAUAGCUUUCUUGAUUCAAGAUUCUUGUUCAAAUGGACAUUAAGUUAGCUUCAUUUGCAAGCAUUGAACUGUACUACCACCACCACCAUAUAAAAUCAUAUCUUCAAUGAGACUUUAUUGUUGUUUA